AAAAACCGAUUGCUUCUUUCCUAAAUCGGUUUAGAACUAAAGAUUGAGAACCAAAUCGUAUAAGCAAAGAAGCUAGAAGAAAAUUUCCCGACGAAAGAAACUCGUUCUCAAUCUCUGAUUACUACUCUCUCUCAAUCGAAUUCAGAUUCUCAGCUUCUGGGUUUUUAAAAAAUCGAAUCUUUUUCCGCUACGUUACUUUGUAUCUGUCUCUGGUAGCUUAAGGAAUUGGUUUUAAACACUUUUAGGGUUUUUGUGGUUGUGGGAUUUUGAAGAACAAUGUCGUCUUCUUCAGUAAUUAAACCAGAAGACGUUCUUGAACAUCUUAUGAACGAUGGUACCAUCGAUGCUCUUCGAUUAAGAAUCAUCAAUCAGCUCAAAGGCAAUGAAGAGUUAAAGAGCACAACGAUUAAAAUGGCAGAAGAGAGUAAAGUUCUGAACACACCUGGUGCUGAGAAACAGACUAAAAGAGAACUCUUUGAUGCUCUUCGUCAAGAACUCGAAGGUCCAGUGCUAGAGAAGGCAUCAAAAUCAGUUUGGGAUCUGAUUCUUGAGAAGGAUGGAUUAGGGAAAGAGAUAAACGAAACAGUAGAACGUGUGUUUUGUCAUCUAAGCGGGCAAGAACCGCCUUUUUAUUCUUCAUCAAACGUGGAGAAAACCCCGAUGGAGAUAGAGAAAGAUACGGAGAUGAAGGAGAAUAAUAGCUCAAAGACAAAACCAAAGAAAAGAAGUCUUAGUGAGGUGAAUUCCUCUGACGGUAUCGAUGAAGUUGCAACGACGAAGAAGAAGCAAGGUGAUUCCGCAACUGUAACUUUAGAAUCUAAGAAAACGCCUUGAGCCUAAGUUAUGAUAUAUUUAUUUCUGUUGUUCUGACUCUUCUGAUAUAGAUAGUCUUGGUGUUUUAUUGUUGACAUUGCUCUUUUCAACUAUCUGCAACUCCUUUGUACAUCAA